UUCCUAAGGAAAUUUAAGAAAAUUAUUUGAAGAAAUUUAUAAUACAUUUUUGUGCCGUGACGUGUGAUAUAUAAUUUAAUAUGGGUCGUCGGCCAGCCAGAUGUUAUCGUUAUUGUAAAAACAAGCCGUAUCCGAAAUCGCGUUUUUGUCGCGGUGUUCCCGAUCCCAAAAUUCGCAUUUUCGAUUUGGGCCGGAAGAAGGCAACUGUUGAGGACUUUCCAUUAUGCGUCCAUCUAGUUUCUGAUGAAUGCGAGCAGCUGAGCAGCGAGGCCCUCGAAGCUGGACGCAUUUGCUGCAACAAGUACCUGGUGAAGUUUUGCGGCAAGGAUCAGUUUCAUAUCCGAAUGCGUUUGCAUCCAUUUCAUGUCAUUCGCAUUAACAAAAUGCUGUCCUGUGCCGGCGCCGAUCGGCUGCAAACGGGCAUGAGGGGUGCCUACGGCAAGCCCCUAGGCACAGUUGCUCGGGUCCGGAUUGGCCAGCCCAUCAUGUCGGUGCGUUCCACUGACAAGUAUCAGCCACAGAUUAUUGAGGCUCUGCGUCGCGCCAAGUUCAAGUUUCCGGGUCGCCAGAAGAUCUACGUAUCGAAAAAGUGGGGCUUCACCAAGUUCGAUCGCGAGCGCUACGAAGAGCUCCGUGAUGACAAUCGCCUCGAGCAGGAUGGAUGCAAUGUCAAGUAUCGGCCAGAGCAUGGUCCAAUUGCAGUCUGGGAAAAGGCUCAGCGUGCUCUUUAUGCUAAUUAAUUUAAUAAAUCGAAGGAUUAUUGUUCGUUAAGAAAAUAAAAUAAGGUAUACUUGU